GGAAAAUUGGUGGUAUUCUUAGUCUGCUUAGCUAGCGCGGGGUCAUGGAGAGGCUGGGACGCCAACUUUUAUUUACGGGCUGUUGUUGACAACAAGCCAAUUAGUGUGUUUUAGUGGCAUGACCCCGGGUCGCUACAACUAGUGAAUUUUAUAAACUGAUCACAGCUAGUUACAAUAAUAGACGCUUCCCUUUCCGCUCCUGUGUAUAGACACUCUUCGGUAUCGGUCCUCCUGACCUAAUAAUGGCGAGAUACCAACUAAGUUUAAUUAUACCGGCUCUUGUGGCUAUUCUGGCUGUUGUAUCAUCUUUGAGUCCUUCUCCCAAAUGCAAAUGCUUUCCCGGAGACUCUUGUUGGCCGACACCGCAUCAAUGGAACUCUCUGAAUAGGACUGUUGGCGGCCGUCUUAUCGCAACAGUUCCCCUUGGCCAACCUUGCCACGACCCCUUUUACGAUGCUGAAGUGUGCAGCUCACUCCAGAGCCAAUGGCAAGAAGCUCCAAUCCAUAUGGAGUCCUCGUCCUCCGUCAUGGCACCAUUCUUUGCCAACCAGAGCUGUGAUCCUUUUACCAAGGAAUCAAAACCAUGUCUACCGGGUAACUAUGUGCGAUAUGCGGUAAACGCAACGUCCGUGGAGGACAUUAUCGCAACCGUAACUUUCGCAAAGAGCAAGAAUAUUCGCUUUGUUAUUCGAAAUACCGGCCAUGACUAUCUCGGUCGCUCGACCGGUGCAGGGUCCCUUGCAAUUUGGACACACUAUCUCAAGAAUAUAAGUUUCCUAGAUUGGGAUGACCCUUACUAUAAGGGAAGGUCUGUGAAGGUUGGUGCCGGUGUUCAAGGCUAUGAGGCCAUGGCUGCCACCAAAGCUCAAGGACUGGUCCUCGUCGGAGGUGAAUGCCCAACUGUUGGUAUAGCUGGCGGAUAUGCUCAGGGUGGUGGACACUCCAUUCUUAGCACGAAAUUCGGCUUAGCUGCCGACAACACACUUUCCUUUGAUGUCGUUACUGCGGACGGAAAGUUCGUUACUGCUUCUCGAACUCAGAACCAGGAUCUCUACUGGGCACUCAGCGGCGGCGGCCCCGGGAACUAUGGUGUUGUUGUCGCUGUCACCUUCAAAGCUCACCCAGACACUCACUUUGGAGGUGCUUCUCUAACAUUCUAUGCCGACUCAAAUCCUACCGAUAUCUUCUAUCAAGGCAUUUAUGCCUUCCACGAAAAGCUCCCUGCCAUCAUUGAUGCAGGCGCCAUGGCUGUUUAUUUCUUCGAUAGUACAUUCUUCAGCAUUGCGUCCCUCAGCCUCUACAAUGGGACACAAGAGGAGGUCAAGUCCCUUCUUGCUCCAUUUGUCGUACAGCUCAGCAGCCUGGGUAUCAAGUAUAACGUGACAUAUGGAGAAUCGACCACGUACUGGGACCACUAUAACAAAUACUUUGGGCCCUUGCCUUACGGAAACAUCCAAGUCGGUAUCGCACAAUACGGUGGUCGUUUAAUUCCCCGAUCUGUCGUCGCAAACAUUUCAUCGACCUACCGCAGCAUAGCUGAACAAGGCGUCACUUUUAUCGGCGUGGGUGUUGACGUCUCUGCGUUUGGAAAGUCGCAAGAGAACUCUGUCCUGCCCGCGUGGCGCAACGCCAUCGUACAUGCUACCCUCUCUACCCCUUGGAAUUUCACCGCUCCUUGGUCAGAGAUGAUUGCCAGACAGGACCUUAUGACUCACAAAAUCAUGCCGGAGAUCGAGGCAGCUACACCUAAUAGCGGGGCGUAUAUGAACGAGGCCGAUUUCAGGCAGCCAAAUUUUCAGCAGGUCUUCUUCGGCUCAAAUUAUGAGAAGCUAAAGAAAAUCAAGCAAAGAUGGGACAAGGAUGGCUUUUUCUAUGCAACUAAAUCUGUCGGUAGUGAGGCUUGGACUAUCUUGAAAGACGGAAGAAUGUGUGCCACUUGAAAGUAUAUAAGUUGAAGUCUGUCGUAUAAUGUAGAUAAUGGGAGGAUCCUAGACUGAUUAUAACUUCCAAUGCUAUCCGUAAUACAAAUAGGAAAUUUCAAAAGCCCAUUGAGGAGACUCGACUGCAAGCUGGUGGGCAGAACAAGC